AUGGCAACUACUGUCAAGCCUGCUCCCGUCAAGUGGGCUCAGCGAGCUGAUCUUGUCUAUGUCAACUUCGAAGUCCAAGACGUGGAAAAUCCUGAGGUCUCAGUUGAGGAAAACAAGGUCACUUACAAGGCAACAACCAAAGACAAGCAAAAGUUCGAGACCGUUUUGAACCUUUUCGGCGCUGUGAAGCCCGGCGACUCCAAGUGGAUCAACCGAGAGCGCGGUGCUGAGUUUGUUCUCAUCAAGGCAGAGCAGGGUUUCUGGAAGCGACUUCUUAAAGAAGACACCAAAUACCAUUGGCUCAAGGUGGACUUUAACAAAUGGAAAGAUGAAGAUGACAGCGAAGACGAGAGCGCCGCUGCUGGCGGCCCAGGAGGUGGCACUAACUUUGAGGAGAUGAUGAGACAGAUGGGCGGUCUUGGCGGCGGCGGUGCUAGUCCUUUUAACGAUUUGGAUGACCUCGAUGUCGGCGGGGAUGGAAAUGAAAACGACAGCGACGACGAGCAAAUUCCCGAGCUGGAAGGCGAGGCUGAAAAAUAG